AUUUUCCAACUAUAAAUUAAAUGUCUCUAAAAAUCAAAGAUUUUCUAUGAAAAUAAAUUGAGUUCACAAGUAACCAAUUCAUCAGACACAAGAAAGGGCAAUGGAGAGAGAAGAACACCAAAAGGCGUCUCUCCAUUCUCCUUUGAUUCAAGAUUGUGCAGAGCAGAACAAAGCAAAAUCAAUAGAAAAGAGUGAGGUAGUUGAAGAAGUGAAGAAGCAGCUAUGGCUAUCAGGGCCUUUGGUAUCUGUGAGCUUGCUCAAUUAUUGCCUGCAAGUCAUAUCUGUCAUGUUUGUUGGUCAUCUCGGCGAGUUGGCGCUUUCCGGCGCUUCAAUGGCCACUUCUUUUGCCUCUGUUACAGGUUUUAGCUUAUUGGUGGGAAUGGCUAGUGCCUUGGACACCUUAUGUGGGCAAUCAUAUGGAGCAAAACAGCACAGAAUGUUAGGCAUACACAUGCAGAGAGCAAUGCUGAUUCUCAUGAUUGUCAGCGUUCCGCUCGCGGUUAUUUGGAUCAACACAAGAUCAAUUCUGAUGUUUCUUGGCCAAGAUCCUGAGAUUUCUACAGAAGCAGGAAGCUAUGCUCAGUUAAUGGUUCCAAGCCUUUUUGCUUAUGGCCUUCUUCAGUGCCUAAACAGAUUCUUGCAAACACAGAACAUAGUGUUUCCAAUGGUGUUCUGCUCUGGAAUCACUACUUUGCUACAUGUCCUUAUUUGUUGGAUUAUGGUGUUCAAAUCUGGAUUGGGGAGUAGAGGAGCUGCCAUAGCAAAUUCUAUAUCUUAUUGGAUCAAUGUUUUAUUGCUCUCACUUUAUGUCAAGCUUUCUCCUUCUUGUGCAAGGACUUGGUCAGGGUUUUCUAAAGAGGCAUUUCAAAAUAUUCCCUCAUUUCUUAGGCUUGCAAUUCCUUCAGCUGUUAUGGUUUGCUUGGAAAUGUGGUCAUUUGAAAUGAUGGUUCUCCUUUCCGGUCUUCUUCCAAAUCCACAAUUGGAGACAUCAGUUCUUUCUAUUUGCUUGAAUACAGCAGCAGCAGUUUGGAUGAUACCCUUUGGACUCAGUGGAGCUGUAAGCACUCGCGUCUCGAAUGAACUUGGAGCUGGUAAUCCCAAGACUGCACGCUUAGCAGUGUGUGUUGUGUUAGUAAUGGCCAUUAUUGAGGGACUCAUAGUUGGAUUAGUGCUAAUAUUAAUUCGCCAUGUUUGGGGCUAUGCGUAUAGUAACGAAGGCGAAGUGGUCGAUUAUGUUGCAGUUAUGCUGCCAAUUCUUGCAACAUCCAACUUUCUUGAUGGACUCCAAUGUGUUCUUUCAGGCACUGCUAGAGGAUGUGGUUGGCAGAAAAUUGGCGCAUAUGUGAAUCUGGGAUCAUACUACUUAGUUGGGAUUCCAUCAGCUAUUCUCUUGGCUUUUACAUUUCAUAUUGGCGGCAAGGGGUUAUGGCUAGGGAUCAUAUGUGCACUAAUUGUUCAAGUACUUUCUCUACUGACCAUUACUAUAAGAACUGAUUGGGACCAAGAGGCAAAGAAGGCUACAGAUAGAGUCUUUGAUUCAAUCACACCAGACAGUAUAGUCUCAUGAAGCUGCAAUAAUGUCAUAUGCACGCACACUCUCUGUAGGUUCUAUUUUUUGGAAGAAAGCAAAGCAAACUUUGUCACCAUUCUUAGAAAAGAAAAUUCUAGCUUCACUAUGCAAUUAUAUAUGGUUGAGUUGGAAAAAGAUUCUCCAAACUGAAAGAUUAAUAAAAUAAUAAAAUAAAUUAUUAGAUUUUACUUUCUUAUA